CUGAGAGUCCUGGACCUCCUGUGCAAGAACAUGAAACACCUGUGGUUCUUCCUUCUCCUGGUGGCAGCUCCCAGAUGGGUGCUGUCUCAGGUGCAGCUGCAGGAGUCGGGCCCAGGACUGGUGAAGCCUUCACAGACCCUGUCCCUCACCUGCACUGUCUCUGGUGGCUCCAUCAGCAGUAGUGAUUACUACUGGAGCUGGAUCCGGCAGCCCUCCGGGAAGGGACUGGAGUGGAUUGGGUAUAUCUAUUAUAGUGGGAGCACCUACUACAACCCCUCCCUCAAGAGUCGAGUCACCAUAUCAGUAGACACGUCCAAGAACCAGUUCUCCCUGAAGCUGAGCUCUGUGACCGCCGCGGACACGGCCGUGUAUUACUGUGCGAGAGGCACGGUGAGGGGAGGUGAGUGUGAGCCCAGACACAAACCUCCCUGCAGGGAGGCGGAGGGGGCGGGCGCAGGUGCUGCUCAGGGCCAGCAGGGGGCGCGCGGGGCCCACAGAGCAGGAGGCCGGUGCACUGUUGGCCUGGUGGAGCCCUCGCAGACCCUCUCCCUCACCUGUGCUGUCUCCGGAUUUUCCAUCACAACCAGUGCUUCCUGCUGGAGCUGGAUCCACGAGUCCACAUGGGAAGGACUGCAGUGGAUCAGGCGCACACGUCAUGAAGGGAGCAAAAAUUCCCACCCACUCCUUAUGAAUCCAGUCACCAUCUCCAAAUUCGGGUCCAAAAAACACUUGUUUUUACAGUGGAGCUAUGUGAGCAACAAGCUCACAGCCAUGUUUUAA